GCUGCGAACAACGUCACUGGGAAGCCUGGCUCCGAGAAGCUGAGGGCUCUUCCUGGAGGAGAAAAUGCUUUCGGGCCGGAUGGUGGGAACUUGGUGUGAGAGGCUGAGCCAUUCCUCUCACACUAGCGGCCGCCUCCUCGUCCUGCUCGCUUCACCCCGCCUCAUAGGGUCCGGCGCGCUUCCGCUGGAUUGGGCGCCGGAACGUCGACUUCCCAGCAGCCCCCGCGCCGUCUCCGUGGCGACGAUGUUAAACAACCACGCCCGCCGAGGCAGCGAGCUCUGGGCGAGCUCUAAGCUGACGGAGGCUUGGCCGGGCGCCGCGGGCUGGGGACCUGUAAAGUUGCUUUUAGACACAAUUUGUGGAGUUCCCAUAUUUCUGGCAUCAAUCAACACUUCCCGUUUGACUUUUCAAACAUCAGCUCGGAUGCCCAACUGUUGUUUCUGUGAAUGAACAAGCCAGUUUUAUCUUGUUUGGAGCAAUGCUGAAAUUCCAAGAGACUGCUAAGUGUGUGAGCGGAGGACCCACAGUCAUUCCCAUGUACCCGACCACUUUGAUUGCAAGAAGAUAUGUUCUUCAGCAGAAACUUGGCAGUGGAAGUUUUGGAACUGUCUAUCUGGUGUCAGACAAGAAAGCCAAACCUGGAGAGGAGCUAAAGGUACUGAAGGAAAUCUCUGUUGGCGAAUUAAAUCCAAAUGAGACCGUGCAGGCCAAUGUGGAAGCUCAGCUCCUCUCCAGGCUCCAUCAUCCCACCAUUGUCAGAUUCCACGAAAGCUUCGUGGAGCAGGAGACUUUUUGCAUUAUCACGGAAUACUGUGAGGGCCGAGAUCUGGACUAUAAAAUCCAGGAAUAUAAAGAAGCUGGGAAAGUCUUCGCUGAAAAUCAGAUAGUAGAAUGGUUUAUCCAGUUGUUGCUUGGAGUUGAUUACAUGCAUGAGAGGCGGAUACUUCAUCGAGACUUGAAAUCAAAGAAUAUAUUUCUGAAAAAUAAUCUACUCAAAAUCGGGGAUUUUGGAGUUUCUCGGCUGCUAAUGGGUUCAUGUGAGCUGGCUACAACUCUAACGGGGACCCCCCAUUAUAUGAGUCCUGAGGCCCUGAAGCACCAAGGCUAUGAUGCCAAGUCUGACAUCUGGUCACUGGCAUGCAUUUUAUAUGAGAUGUGUUGCCUGGAUCAUGCAUUUGCUGGCUCCAGUUUCUUGUCUGUGGUUUUGAAUAUUGUUGAAGGUAACACACCUUCACUCCCUGACAGAUAUCCACAAGAACUAAACACCAUCAUGGAACGCAUGUUGAACAAGAGUCCUUCAUUGAGACCGUCGGCUGCAGACAUUUUAAAAGCCCCUUACAUGGAAGAGCAGCUUCAGCUCCUGAUGUGUAAAUAUCCAGAGAUGACACUGGAAGACAAGAACUCAGUUUGUCAGAAGGAGGCCGCUCAUACGAUUAAUGCCGUGCAGAGAAAGCUUCACCUGCAGACUCUGCAAGCCUUGUCUGACGCGCAGAAAACGACUCCCAGAGAACGGAUGCGGCUGAGGAAGCUGCAGGCAGCCGAUGAGAGAGCCAGGAGGCUGAAAAAGAUUGCUGAAGAAAACUAUAAAGAAAAUGACAAAAGGAUGCAGGCCCUGAGAUCCCAGAAUGUGGGGUCUAUGCGUGCCCAUGUGCUCCAUGAACUAGAUGAACGGACUUUGGAGAGCCUGCCUGAGCCUCAGUCCCUUCCGUGCCUGGACCUCGAUGAACUUGAGCCCAGUUUAGAGGACACCAUUGUUGACCCCGGACAUUCUGAGAUCCCAGAAGACCCACUCGUUGCUGAACAAUAUUAUUCUGAUGUCUUUGAUUCCUGUUCUGAAGACAGCGAGGAGCAGGAGGAAGAAAUGAUAUUCUCAGAAGCAGGGGGAGACACGAAAGAGGAGGAAUCCCCAUCUGUGUACAGAACAAACCAACAGGACAGUGACGCUGCCGCGCUGGUUGGGUGUUUGGAACAUGUCCUGGGUUACACCUCUCUAGACACAAAGACCAUUACCAAUGCAGUGACCGACAUGUCUCCUGGACCAAUGGUUUUCAACAGUGCAGUGGCUCGGACCAAGAUGAAGCGCAUGAAGGAAUCAGCUGUACAGAAGCUAGGAGUGGAAACAUUUCAGGAGGUCUACGAUUACCUCAAGAGAGCAAGGCACCAGAAUGCCAGAGAAGCAGAGAUCUGGGAGCAUUUGGAGACGGUGGUUCCUCGGGCCAGUGACUGCUUUGAAGUUGACCAACUCCUCUAUUUUGAGGAAUUGCUGCUGACCAUGGAAGGAAAAGAGCCCUCUCUCCAGAACCUGUACUGUGAAGCUGCCCAGAAGAAGCCGGUCAAGGGCACACAUUUCUGUGACAAUCCAUGAUGUUUACACUCUGGACAUAACUGGAACCACCACCGUUCCCUUUGGCUCCUGGUCAGAUGUAAGAAUAUCUGCACUCAGCUGCCUGCCGGGGCAUGGAGUCACAGGUCAAGGUCAUAUAUGAAAUCUGGCAUCCUGAAAAGCUUUCCUUCAGAGGUACAGCCCUCUGGGCUUCCAAUAUGGUGGGAGCACUCUGAAGACACAGGCACUCAGUACUGUGCCCAUCCAGGGCAAGCCCAGUGCCUGACCAGUGUGAGCUCCAGGAACUAUGGCUAGCUGGCUUGUGACAGCUUGGACACCAGCCUGGACAAUGGCCUGCUCAUCUCCAAUGAUGUAUUUUUGAUCAACACUUUUUUCUUCCUUUGACUACAUACAAGCAAUACAUAAAUCUAAGGGCCUGGAUUGAAAAUCCCCAAAGUGUCUCCCUCCUGUGAUCUAUUCCCAACACUCACUCAUGGAGCAUUAAAGCUUUGAUUGAGAGUAAAUACCGAUUUCAU